CAGCUAACAUCCCCGCAGAUGGCUUUUAUUCAAUCAUGAAAGUGAGGAUUGCUUCUUCACAAAGAUAAUCAGAUCACACAAGACAAAAUGGCCCGAACAGGACAACGUUCUUCGCCGGAUGCUCGAAGAAUCUCUGCAUCUCAUUCACGCCCUCCCCUCUUCGUGGCACAGUUACCAUCAGGCAGCGGCAGCCAGACCAUCAACAGAGUCCUCAUAGCCAACCGCGGCGAGAUUGCAUGUCGCAUAAUUGCUACAUGUCGCAAAUUAGAUUUGACAUCCAUAGCCGUCUACGCCGAAGAGGAUGCCACAUCCCGCCACAUCUCCGAAGCUGACGAAGCGAUAAGCCUUGGUAGCAUCAGUCAGGCCGGGGGCAACCCUUUCUUGAACGUACAGCUCCUUGUCGAUGUCGCACGAUCAGUGAAGGCGGACGCUGUCCAUCCUGGAUAUGGCUAUCUCAGCGAAAACUCAACCUUUGCCGAAGCAAUACGUGCCGCUGGACUCAUCUUCGUUGGGCCAAGUGCUCAAGCAAUGUCUACACUAGGCGACAAGCGGAACUCAAAGGACUAUCUGAGGAAAAACGAGCCCAGAAUACCCUUGAUACCAGGGUUUACUGGAUCUAGCCAAAACAGUGCAGACCUUGAGACUGCGGCAGAGGCUAUCGGCUUCCCUGUCAUGCUCAAGGCAUCCGCAGGCGGCGGCGGCAAAGGUAUGCGCAUUGUGCGCGAGCGAUCAAAACUGAAAGACGAGCUUUUACGGGCACAGUCGGAAGCCCAACGCUCAUUUGGCUCGAGUGACUGUAUCCUGGAAAAGUACAUCGAAGAGGCGAAGCACAUUGAGAUCCAGAUUGUAGGAGAUAGCCAUGGGAAUGUACUCUCACUAUGGGAGAGGGAGUGUUCUGUGCAAAGACGACAUCAGAAGGUCAUUGAAGAGACGCCUUCGCCUUUCUUGACACCCCAGAUACGAAAAGAGAUGAGUGCCGCGGCGGUCCGAAUCGGCGAGCUUUUGCAUUAUGAGGGCGCGGGUACUGUCGAGUUUGUCGUUGAUAUUCGAGACUCAAGCUUCUACUUCCUCGAGGUGAACACAAGAUUGCAAGUUGAACAUCCGAUCACGGAGGAAGUCACCGGCUUGGAUGUGGUUGCUUUACAGUUGUACGCUGCUGCUGGUGGAAAGUUCAAGGACCUGCGGAAUCUUGACCAGAUUCCUCAGCAAGGCCACGCCAUCGAGUGCCGGCUAUGUGCUGAAGAUCCCGGACGGGACUUCAGGCCCGAAAAUGGCACGAUACAGCUUUGGAGAGAGGCGACGCACAGCACUGCGCGAGAUGUCCGCUACGAGACGGCCGUCCAAAGUGGAGCAACGAUCUCAAUCUACUUUGAUCCAAUGAUCGCAAAGAUCGUGGUAUGGGCUCCCACGAGACAACUAGCGAUUGCGAAAAUGUCCAAAGUGAUGGCCAAUACGGUGUGCGCCGGUGUGAGGACUAAUCAGCUCUUCUUACAGAGUUGCUUGCUGCACGACAGCUUCCAGAACCCGGCGUAUACAACAUCUCUAAUCCCGACGCAUUUGGCAGACUUGCUUAGAAAUCCUUACUCAAGUCGAUUGAAGGAGAUAUUUUCGAUCUUGUCAGUCGUACCAGGCUUGGUCUUGCGCGAAGGAUAUGGCAACAGAAGCACCAACAAGCCGUUCAAGCACACUCGUCGGGCCUUUAGGACGCAACACUUCGAUCCGGUCAAUCUGGACACCACGAUAACGAAAGUUGUAGAUGCGACGUUGGCGCAACAACCAGUACUAUCUGUGUGGAACGCUUCGCAGACAAGGUCCGCAUCGACGUACACUGUAUCUCUGAUACCCAUGACCACGAAUGAGGACUCUACGGAACAGAAAAGUACAGCAAAGAAUUCGGCGGCACAUGAAGUCUCUCGGCAAUACAAUGCCGUCAGCAAUCUACUGAGAAAUGGAGCGGUCACCAGGGCACCUACUCACGAAGUUUGCCUUCGCCAGUGGCAGUCCUUGAGCAACCAAGACGUAGGCUCAUGGCGAACCGCAUCCGCCGAGCUUGUCAUCGAUCAGUCAAAGAUCCACGCCUUCAUAGCCACAAACGCAAGCAGUACCUACGAGAGAAGCUCGUCCAAGGCCGAAGCACAACGGAUUCUUUGCCAUCUCCCUGCACUAGGCACAUAUAUUGAGUACGAAGCUCACAGUCUGCUGUCAUAUCACGAGUCUUUACGCGAAGAGGUUGCCAGCACGGUGGGUUCGGCUGCGUCCAAAACUGUGAAAGCACCCAUGCCGUGUAAGGUUUUGUCGGUGCUGAAGCAGAAAGGAGACCAGGUGAAAGCGGGUGAGGUCGUGAUGGUAAUUGAGAGUAUGAAAAUGGAGACGAACAUAUCCAUCGCUGCGGAGGGCACCUUCCAAACAAGCAUCAAAGAGGGUGACGCGGUGGAUGAUGGCAAGGUGCUCUGUUGGGUGGAAUAGAUGCCGCGAAGCAAGCAUUUAUACUGUUUGUAUUGUAGAACCAAACACACUGUCUGCAUUGCAUUCUACGGCGAUGGUUUAUUAAGCGCUGUCCGGUCUCAUUGCGAGUCCCAUUUACGAAAGUGUUGUGUGAGAUGAUUAAAGAUCAAAGACUCUUCUACGAAUUGACUGAAGCAAGUUUCUCUACGCAUCCUUGUUUGCUAUUAUGUUCACAGUCCAUUCAAUCAUCACAGUCGUCAAGUCCCCCAAAUGUCUCCGAAAAUGUUCGAGCCUUCGCUGAACGUAUGACCGUGGAGUAUGCCGCCCGCAGUAUCC